AUGCCUCGCCUAUCCAGUGUGGUAUAUGCAGCUGGCUGCAUCGCAGGGCUCGUCGGGCAGAUAUCUGCUCUGCCUGGACGGCCGUCUGUCUCCGUUGGCCUUCGUGGUAGUUCGAUCUCUCCUACCACGAUUGGCAGCUCAUCUACUGCUCCGAGCUCAUCAGUCACAUCUUGGUCUGCAACGGCUACCGCCACUGAAGCAGCUAUUACCAUUAGCUCUACCACCUCCAUAGUAUCGGAUGUCUACAUCACCGCCACCGCCACAGAUGAAAACGCCGUCGUUGUUGAGGCAACUGGCGUUGCUUAUCUGACAGAUGUCACGAUAUACAAGACUGGUGACAGCUCCGACGACGACGAUUCGUCUUUUACCAUCUUAAACGCGGCCGUUGGUGUUAAGACCUACGGUACCCUUUACAUGUAUAGCAGCACCAUCGCCACCGAUGGCGGUAGUGCCAAUGGGCUUCACACAUACGAGGACGGCGCUGAUGUCUACCUCUACGAUGUCACGGUCUCUGCUUCCGGUGAUGGUGCCCACGGCAUCUCUACUGCCGGUGGGUAUAUCUACGGAGAAAACCUUGUCAUCACCACUGAGGACCAGCGAGGCUCUGCUAUUGCUACAGAUAACGGCGGUGGCACUAUUGUUGUUGAUACGGCCACUGUUUAUACCUAUGGCAGCAAGUCCGCUCUCGUCUACUCCACUGGUAAUAUCACCGUCAGCAGUCUCACCGGCUCUGCCUCUGUUGCUCCCGCCUGCGUUAUCGAUGACUCAAACUCUUUCACUCUUGUUGAUCCCGACAUCAGCUCUGGUACUGAAGAAUACGGUGUGUUCCAAAUUGUCUCCACUGGUAGUACCAACAGUGAUGUCGCCUAUGCCUAUGUCACUGGUGGAUCCAUCGCCGAGAUAUAUGGCACAUAUGGUCUGAUCGACGUUGGGAAUAUCGAGGCCAUUGUUUUCCUUGACGAUGUCUCCGUCACUACGGAGUCUCCGAGGAUAUACUUACCACGGCUCCACUCGUCAAGGACGACUGUGCCGAACCUCACCAUUCACCCGAAAGGCCUGCGAAGUAGACUCCUGCCUAAAAUGGACCACUUAAUACUUACUACUCGAAUACUUCUCGUCUUGAAGAGUCUCCUCCCAAGGCUGGCUACCCCGGAUCUUGCUAUCAUAGACACCAGUAUAUUAAAGACAGCGAAAGUAAGAGUAUUCAUCCGGAACCGUGCUUUUCUAAAAUCGAAACCUUUAUCGACCCUUUAA